AGAGCCUCACCCCAGUUUUCCAGAGCUGAGAAAACAGAAGUCCUCAGUGAAGAUCUGUUACAGAAUUGUUCGCCGUGAAACUAAACUCCCGCCAGUCCGCACCUGCUCGCUUCAGCCUGAGGCAGUCUGCUGUACGCUUCCAUCACGUCGACGGCUGAUGCUGUUUCCCACCCAUUCGACAGGAGCCGUUCUUUCUAGAAUGUGCAGCGGAGAGAAUAGGCAAGAGCUGAGAAAACAGAAGUCCUCAGUGAAGAUCUGUUACAGAAUUGUUCGCCGUGAAACUAAACUCCCGCCAGUCCGCACCUGCUCGCUUCAGCCUGAGGCAGUCUGCUGUACGCUUCCAUCACGUCGACGGCUGAUGCUGUUUCCCACCCAUUCGACAGGAGCCGUUCUUUCUAGAAUGUGCAGCGGAGAGAAUAGGCAAGAGCUGAGAAAACAGAAGUCCUCAGUGAAGAUCUGUUACAGAAUUGUUCGCCGUGAAACUAAACUCCCGCCAGUCCGCACCUGCUCGCUUCAGCCUGAGGCAGUCUGCUGUACGCUUCCAUCACGUCGACGGCUGAUGCUGUUUCCCACCCAUUCGACAGGAGCCGUUCUUUCUAGAAUGUGCAGCGGAGAGAAUAGGCAAGAGCUGAGAAAACAGAAGUCCUCAGUGAAGAUCUGUUACAGAAUUGUUCGCCGUGAAACUAAACUCCCGCCAGUCCGCACCUGCUCGCUUCAGCCUGAGGCAGUCUGCUGUACGCUUCCAUCACGUCGACGGCUGAUGCUGUUUCCCACCCAUUCGACAGGAGCCGUUCUUUCUAGAAUGUGCAGCGGAGAGAAUAGGCAAGAGCUGAGAAAACAGAAGUCCUCAGUGAAGAUCUGUUACAGAAUUGUUCGCCGUGAAACUAAACUCCCGCCAGUCCGCACCUGCUCGCUUCAGCCUGAGGCAGUCUGCUGUACGCUUCCAUCACGUCGACGGCUGAUGCUGUUUCCCACCCAUUCGACAGGAGCCGUUCUUUCUAGAAUGUGCAGCGGAGAGAAUAGGCAAGAGCUGAGAAAACAGAAGUCCUCAGUGAAGAUCUGUUACAGUUAUGCCUUUAAUCAAUCAGAAUUGUUCGCCGUGAAACUAAACUCCCGCCAGUCCGCACCUGCUCGCUUCAGCCUGAGGCAGUCUGCUGUACGCUUCCAUCACGUCGACGGCUGAUGCUGUUUCCCACCCAUUCGACAGGAGCCGUUCUUUCUAGAAUGUGCAGCGGAGAGAAAAGGCAAGGAAACCAUAAAGAAGGCGGCAAUCUAAAGGACCAUCAGUAGCGAAUACGUUAAGUAAAAUGGAAUUUCCAUGCAGAGGAGUACUACGAAGUCACCAGAAGUAACGAGGUAGAUCUAAUAUGGCAACAUGAAGACAGCCGUGAUUCACUAGGAUGCACGAAGAACAAGUUUCAAAACAAAAUGCCUUUAUCAGCUGACUGACGCCAUGGACGCGAGCAACGUAUCCUGAGAGAGAGACAGAGACAAGCCAUGACUCGGUGAUGAUGGAAAUAAGCCUUGCCAAGUUCACCACACCAGGAGGACAAAAGGCAACCCUUCUGCCCUUCUUCAGGGGUCGCGGUUUAGGUUAUCCAUAGACCUUAUGGGAGAAGUAACGACUUUCAAAUUCUCUUCCUUUUUUUUUUUUUUAAAGCCAUGUGAACCAAAAGAAGCACAAUCUAUCUAAUGGUUGGAUCAACUACCUUAAGGAAACCGCAACGCCCCCUAAUUCCACAUAUGAAAGAAAACUAUUUUACAUGAAAACAUGGGAUCUAAAUGUCCCUCUUAGAAAUGUGUCUUUUUGUGGCUAAGUGAGAGCUACUCAGAAUUCGGCUGAAACUCAAAAUUGGGAGACUGUCUGGAAAGUAUUCUGGGGUCAGGAAAUGGGGCAGAUAAAUGUCAAAGCAAAGACAGCCAUAUUUCUUACCGUGCUCCCUUCGUGUCCAUCCUGUGCGGGUUAGAGCCUCGAUGUUUGUAAAACAUCACAGGCGGGGUUGGGCGGGGGGCGGUGCACAGGCAAAUGGUGCCUAAUAAACCGACUUGUGAAGCUCUGGCGUGGGAAGCUGGAACCGAGGAGACAAGAAAUAAAAGAGGGUGAAAGGAAGAUGAAAUUGAUCUGUGUUCUAAAGCCCUUCUGCUUACAGUAUUACUACUUUAAGAACAAAAUGUGAGUGGCAUUUAGACACUUACUGCAAUUUGACAUAGGGAUUUCGUGUCUAUGGAUUCUACUAGUAAAUAAUUUGAGCUUGUC